GAGGCAGACAUGUCCCGCAAGUCAAUUGGUCUGCCGGAAUAAAACCAACGAAGAAGAAGACUUGCAGACUGAACGGCCCAGGGAUGCAGCGAGACAAAACAAGCAACGCCGGUGGGGCUGAAAAGCCCGACCGCGAGGCCGCCAUAAUGUCGAAAUACUACGAUGGAGUUGAAUUUCCUUUCUGUGACGAGUUCUCCAAAUAUGAAAAAAUGGCAAAAAUAGGACAAGGAACCUUUGGGGAGGUGUUCAAAGCAAAGCACAGACAGACCGGGAAGAAGGUUGCACUGAAGAAAGUUUUGAUGGAAAAUGAGAAAGAAGGGUUCCCAAUCACAGCGCUGAGAGAGAUCAAGAUCCUGCAGCUACUCAAACACGAAAAUGUGGUCAAUCUGAUCGAGAUCUGCAGAACCAAAGCCACUCCGUUCAACAGAUACAAAGGCAGCAUCUACCUGGUGUUUGACUUCUGUGAGCAUGACCUGGCUGGGCUGCUCAGCAAUGCCAAUGUAAAGUUCACCCUGGCAGAGAUCAAGAAGGUCAUGCAGAUGCUGCUCAAUGGCUUGUACUACAUCCACAGAAACAAGAUCCUUCACAGAGACAUGAAGGCAGCCAACGUGCUCAUCACCAGAGACGGUGUCCUGAAGCUGGCGGACUUUGGUUUGGCUCGAGCCUUUAGCCUGGCUAAAAACAGCCAGGGGAACCGCUACACUAACCGUGUGGUCACACUGUGGUACAGACCUCCAGAGCUGCUGCUCGGUGAGCGGGACUACGGCCCCCCCAUUGACCUGUGGGGAGCAGGCUGCAUAAUGGCAGAGAUGUGGACAAGAAGUCCCAUAAUGCAAGGCAACACCGAGCAGCAUCAGCUCACUCUCAUCAGCCAGCUGUGUGGCUCCAUCACCGCCGAGGUGUGGCCUGGCGUGGAUAAGAAGUACGAGCUCUACCAGAAAAUGGAGCUGCCCAAAGGCCAAAAGAGGAAAGUAAAGGAUCGUCUUAAAGCCUAUGUCAAAGACCCGUACGCCCUGGAUCUGAUCGAUAAACUCCUGGUCCUGGACCCAGCACAGCGCAUCGACAGCGACGACGCGCUCAACCACGACUUCUUCUGGUCUGACCCCAUGCCGUCAGACCUGAAGAACAUGCUCUCCACUCACAACACCUCCAUGUUUGAAUAUCUGGCCCCGCCCAGACGGAGAGGCCACAUGCCGCAGCAGCCGCCCAAUCAGAACAGGAACCCAGCCACUACCAGUCAGACUGAGUUCGAUCGGGUGUUUUAGUGGUUGGAGAAGUUUAAGGACGGUUGUUUGCCUAGUUGGACUUUUUUUAUUUUGUCACCCAACCUGUCUUAUAUUGAGGAAAGCUACACAUUCCUUUUUUGGUUGAGGUUUGGCAGACAUUACCUGGAGAUCUAGACAGUUUCUUCUGAGUUUAUGGCAGAGGAAGCACGUUGUUUGGGUUGAUCAGGGACAGGACUGUAUGUGCAACGUCAUGCAUCCAAAUUAUUAUCUCGGUUUGCUUCUCCUCCAGGGAGCCUGAUGUUAACAUGGCUUGGGUGUGUUCACUGCGUUGCCUUGAUUAAACAAGGCCCCCGUUUGUUUUAAUUUUUAAUUCAUUUGUGAGUGAAUCUGGCAUUUUAGUUUUUUUUUCAAUUUUCACACUAUUAACAUUAGGGGUGGUAAUCACCAGACGCCUCCCGAUACGAUCACGAUACUUAUGCCACGAUACGAUAUCAUCGCAAUUUUAAACAUAUUGCAAUAUUCUACGAUACGUUCCAAUGUAUCACAAUUUUUCUAACUUCUAAUUUUCCCCAAUUUCAAAUAAUGUCCCCAAAAGGAAACUUUGUCAACAUCUGUUUUAUCUAAAAAAGAGACAUUUAUCUGUUUGAAUAUCACUUCAAAUUUAUUGCUGCAAAAAUGGGAUAAACUGACCAACGCGUGUAUAAUGAAAGAUUAAUACUUGGCGCCUGUGUAUCGAUACAGUAUUGCCACUGAAAAUAUCACGAUACUAUGCUAUAUUGAUUUUUUUUUCUUCUUUAUUUUGUACCCCUAAUUAUCGUUGUUUAUUUACAAUAAAAUGGCUAUCUUUAUUGGCUGUGCAGUAUUUUGAGGUGAUAACCAUUUUACACAAUACCACAAACAUUUCUAAACACAUGUGACAUACCCAAAAUAAAGUUGUUAUUACACAA